CGAUAACUAAAUGCCAGCUUCGGCGCGCCCUCGAUAGAUAACAAUUUCCUUGGAUUCCCGUUCUAAAACGCCUCAAUCGUCUCUCGUUAAGUAUGGUGACAUGCAAUUCUCUGGUGCGCCAAUGGCCUCGUUAUCUUCGUCGCUCAUCUCCGUUUCUUGUCCUUCCAAGAUCUAGUCGACCAUGGUUCCAGCGACAAUCCCUGUCCCACCGCGGAUAUGCCUCUAUCUCUGCGGCCGAUCUUAAGUUCGGACAGCCGUUGCACGAGACCCAUCCCCAUAUCUUGAACCCUGGGCAAUUGACCCCGGGAAUAACUGCCCUUGAAUAUGCACAUCGCCGUUCACGCCUCGCCAAUAAGCUCCCCAAACAUGCAGUCGCGGUACUGGCCGCUGCAGAGGUCACCUAUCGAGCAUCCGGCAUCUUUAACGAAUAUCGGCAGGAUUCCAAUUUCUUCUACCUUACAGGCUUUAACGAACCCAAUGCCUUGGCCAUCAUUGUCAACGACGGUUCUGGGGAUAACCAUAUCUUCCAUCUCUAUGUCAGGGAAAAGGAUCCGAAAGCCGAACUCUGGGACGGGGCACGCUCGGGCACCCAGGCUGCCAUUGAUGUUUUUAAUGCGGAUGAGUCAGGCGAUAUCGAACGUAUCAGCGACAUCCUUCCAAAAGUCCUUUCAGAUGCCACCGAGAUCUACACAGACAUCCCUGCCUUCAGUCCUGGGAGGUCAUCGUUGCACCGAUAUUUGUACGGCCCUUCUGGAGCUUCCGAGAAGCUCAAGAAGCUAGUUGACCGGAGCAAAGUUAAGCCUCUGCGCCCCAUCCUCAAUGAAAUGAGAGUGUUCAAAAGCGAGGACGAGGUCGUUCAGAUGCGUCGAGUUGGUCAAGCCUCUGGACGGGCAUUCACCGAGUCCAUGAGACAGACCUUCACUAGGGAAAAGGCUCUCACGUCCUUCCUAGAAUACAAUUUCAAGGUCAAUGGCUGUGACCACAACGCUUUUGUCCCCGUUGUGGCUGGAGGUUCGAACGCUCUAAGCAUUCACUAUACGAGGAAUGAUGACAUCCUGUUGGAUGGGGAUAUGGUUUUGGUCGAUGGCGGCGGUGAAAUGGGCACGUAUAUUACUGAUAUCACGAGAACAUGGCCAAUCAAUGGGAAAUUCUCGGACCCUCAGCGUGACCUGUACAACGCCGUGCUGAACGUGCAUCGUAGCUGUGUCUCACUAUGCAGGGAGAGUGCAAAAUUAUCUCUUGACCGCCUACAUGGAAUUGCUGAAAGAGCCCUAAGAGACCAGCUGCAGCAGCUUGGCUUCGAGAUUUCGGGAGAUGUAAGUGGCCAGCUUGCUGGAGGUAUAUUCCUGUAUUGACCGCACUUUCGCAGGCGAUGGGAAUUCUUUUCCCUCACCAUCUCGGACACUACAUCGGACUUGAUGUGCACGACUGUCCUGGGUAUUCUCGGGGCUAUGAUCUCAAAGCUGGCCAAUGUAUCACUAUUGAGCCGUGCGUGUCUACCCGUUCCCGAAGGCUGACCUCGCUAAUAUCUUCCUUAGUGGCAUUUAUGUGCCAGAUGAUGAUCGAUGGCCAGAGAAGUUCAGAGGCAUUGGAAUCCGGAUCGAGGACAGUCUCUGUGUCGGAGAUGACAAUCCGAUUGUAUUAACAACGGAGGCAGUGAAAGAGGUAUGCCAUUGUCUGUUUUGUUGUCGCGUCUACUGCACGGGAGUCGGUAAUCGGACGGGUGCUAACAGUGAUGAUCAUAGGUUGACGAUAUUGAGGCACUUCGG